AUGUAUCGGGCUCUAUUCACCGAGGAGGAGGUCCGCCUAGCUAGAGAGCGACGUCUCAAGUACCUGGGAACCGCCAAGGUCAAGUUAAAUCAGAUUCAGUUCGACCCUCCAUUGCCCCGAGACUUAGAUCCCAAGAAUGUUAGCCGGCUACGGGAGAUCUUUCGGAAGAAUCGGUGUCGUCGCCUUGAUGUCGAUAACCAUGUUCCAGCGGUAGUAUCUCGGCAUAACCUAGAUGUCGCACUCAGGAAGGCAAACAUUUCAGCCUUGUCACAGCUGACUAAUAAUCGCGAUCAGUUACCACUGCUGGAUUUCCCAACCGGAGAGCUCCAGGCGCUCCACGGACGUCAUCGAAUACAGGCGGGAGCCGAGCUGCUCCCUCCGGCGGAUCGCUGGUGGAGCGUUGAUAUCUACUUGGAUGACAUUGGAGAAGACCUAAAGACCGCUCUUGUAGAGGAAUAUGCCAAUCAGAAGAAACCGACCGACGGGGAAAUCUACCGGAAAAUACGACAGUACGAAGAUGAGGGGAAUGAAGCAUUCCGGGAGAGGUGGUUUGUUCGACUGUCAGCCAACAAUCAAGACCGAAUCAAACAAUUGGGCAAAGAAGCAAAUCGCCGUCUUCGGCGAGGUUUCGAUCGAUUGCUUUUGAUACCAGGACUUUGGCAACAUGGGAUGAGAAUCAGUAUGAUUCAUCGUCUUAUCGCUACUAACUGUAUAGAGGAGAUCCUCACCUAUUUAGACUAUAUUUGGAAGUUCUGGUCCUCUUUAGUGGCCUCAGAUGCCGAUGCGAUGAAGAAGAUUGACUCUGAUACGGUCGAUUCUCUGCAACUACUGGCUCCAGGAAAGACUCGUUCCGACGCGCAAACGGCGGCUGGGCUAGUUUUAGGUGGACGUGCAUUUGCAGCUGUUGAAGAAGAAGAACGUAGAGCAAUAUGGGACCGCUUGAAAGAUACCAAAAGACCGGUUCCAUCUUUGUAUACCUUUUUCGAAGACUUCAAGUACUUGGAGAGCUGCGCUCACUGUGUGAAACGACUAUUUGGACCGUCGACCGAUUCCAUCUGGAAAACCAUGAGUUUCAUGUUCAGCCCAUCCGAUCAUUCUGAUUCUCAAAGUUUAAUUCAAACCUCAGAGUCUACGUUUAGGUCCGAGCAUGCCACUGACGCAGUGCGUCUAAAUAAGGCAUACCUGCAGGUUUGGCUGUAUGCGAUGCGGCACUAUCCGUUAAUGCCCCAAGAGCCAAAACAGGAAGAUGGCCUAUUAGCUAAGCAGGAGAGGUUCCGUGAUGAGAGAGUGAUCUACGAGAUGGCUGAGUUCGCUCAUCGUUUAGGCUUUCGAUCGCUGGAAAUCGAUGCUAUAAUGAAUAGUUGUCCAGAUCAUCAGAUCGCAAGAGCAGCUUUACUACAGGCUAGGAAAUCCUACCGAUUCCGAUACCCCCCUCACAAUUUUGACGCUCUGGUCAAUCGAAUUGUGGAGUGCUUCGCGACCGCAAUUCCUGCCGAUCCUGUGUUAGUUCACGAGCUUCUCGCAGAUAGCAUCGUUGGCCGCCAGGCGCGUUGCGGUAUGCCCACAUUUGGAGCCCACAAGCAAGACCGGCACCAUCUUUUUCUGGAUCGUUUGUGCUCUGAUGAUUUAGAUGCGACUGAUACGAUUACCACCUUCUUUGUCCGCCGCUGUGUGUUCGAGGCAUUCUUUGGAAAUCUGACAGAUGCGGAGCCAGACGUGCGCGAGCAGAAUCAAGACCUACCUACCGAUGACCCUCCCGAGUCACCAUUGUUUGUUGGCGAUGAAGAUCUUCCGAAUCAACGCGAAUUCACUUCACAAUUUGUCCCGCCGGCAGAACAGGAGCCUCAAUACCAACAAAUGGAUAUAUCAGAACCACAGAUACAGCAGGGCUUAGAUCAGCAGCCUCUACCUGACCAGCGAACAACAGAGAUCAGAAGAGAGAAAAGUAAUCUAAGACCGCGACGAAAGAGAAAGAUCACAAUACGGAAGCGUCAAAAGCGUGCUCAAGAUAUUACGAGCCAGGAGCCAAUGGAACUGGAUUGGCUGAGUUCGGAAUCGUCGCAUAGUGGCAUGAAUGAUCAUCAAGAAUGUGCAGAUUCAGACUCCCAUGAAGUUUGUCGGGCUAUGAUUUCACAAACUGAAUCGGGUCCGGUCAGCCUAGGAUUAUCAGCAGCUCCAAGCCGCAGUGUUACAUUCGAGCAGACAGAGCUUAUCGAUGACUCCGAAGCCCAAUUUCCUGAACGUUGCUCAGGUUCCGUCUACACAGUGGAUGAGGAUGGUCAAAACUCGACCCUUUCCCCGGAAUUCGCUGCACUCGAGCAGGAAAUAGCAGACAUACUCACGCCACGUGAACAGCUUGAAGCAAUUGCAUCACGAAACCACUUGCAGGUUGGUGGUCCAACGCAUACGCACUCCACAAGAUCCGAGAGCGACACCGCUUCCGAAGCUGGCAUACAUGAACAGCGAGUCUCAGAUACUUAUAUUGAAAAUGUGAUAAGAGCUCAAGAGGAGCAGGAACGCGUGGAGGAAGACCUGGAACGUGAGAGAUUCGAAGAGGAGUUCGGUCAUCCCUACCAAGAUCAUCCAGGUCCGAAUCCCACUCUCCUUGACGAACACUAUGGCUCAACACAAAAUGCCAAUGCAACUCAAUUAUUAGAGAGCAAGCACACCAUGAAACCAAAAGCUCCACAGGCUGCUGAUCCGGAAACUGCUGAAACAUCAGCAGCAAUAUAUCUUUCUGAUGGAGAAUCGAGAUCCUUGGUCGAGAACAGCGACUCACUAAGUCCAAGUGCUACAAACUUCACCAGCAGUGAGCAAAGCUCUGUCGAAGCUGAUGCUGCCCCUAACGCUACAGACCAGAAGGAGCCGCCAAGUCUCGUGGAAAUCUCUUUCUGGGUUUUUGAACGAGAGCACUGGAGAAAAACCGACUAUAUAGAGGUCAACCCCUCAAAUACAGCGCCAGUAGAGCGAAUGGCGAAGAAAUAUGCACGAAAAAAAUUCUGCCUGUAUGAUCGAUACUUACAAAAUCUCAGCCCUGCCCAAUGCUAUCGCGGAGCUACAGCUGAUGGUAACAACGCUAUCUUCCUAAUUCCAGAGCAUGAGGAGCAACAGCUUGUAGCUGAGGGUCGAAUUAGCAAGGAAAGGCAGCUGUUAUCACUUAUCUCUCAGGCCCUUGACCAGGUAGAGACUGAAACCCGACCUCCCGCAAAACGCCACCGUUACAUGAUGCGGAAGAGAACGUGAACAACUUUCCAGGUCUUGUCUAGACACAUGUUGAUCGUUCUGAAUGGCGUUUAUAUCUAUUAAAGGUGUCACGGGAGGCAUAGCAGCAUAGGGCUAUUUGUGACCUAGGAGCUUCGUCUUAG